CUUCCCCACAGCCUCACUCUCACGACUCCUCGUUCCUCCACCUCCACUCCUUCAGUUUCUCAGUGAGCUGUCGUAUGGAGAGUGUCUUUCUUCACGGUUUGCUAGUCUUCCGUCGGUCGAAGAGGCAGAUAAGGCGGGAACCAUUUGCGGAAUGCAGUCUCAGCAAUAAAAAGUAAAAACUAUUGUCGAGGGAUCUCGUUGCCGAUGGACCCGAUCGAGAAUCAGUUCUCACCCUAACCUUUAAAGAAAUUCGGAAAAAGUGAAAGUUUUUCAUUUGGCGAAUUUACGCGUGAAAUUACAAGAAAGAGGACUUAUCUAAUAAAAUUCAAACAUGACAAGAGGGAAACACAAGAAGAUACUGAUAUUAGCGGUGAUCUGCUUGAUAGCAGUAUUUGCGGAACCCGAGCCCUCCGAUGAUCUCCCGGAUCGAUUCGAAAAGAAAUCACGAGACGAAGACAAAUGCUAUGAUGACAAUGGAAGGCCACGGAGGUGUAUACCACCUUUCGAGAAUGCAGCUUUCGAUGUUCUUAUGGAAGCAACGAACACGUGCGGUCAGGAUCGUCCAACCGAAUUUUGCAAACAAACCGGCGUUCAAAAUAAAUCAUGCGAGAUAUGUCGGUAUGAAGAUCAUUCAGCCAGGUAUCUUACCGAUCGUGAUAAUAACGACAAUUCGACCUGGUGGCAGUCGGAAACAAUGUUCGAGGGUAUCGAAUACCCGAAUCAAGUUAAUCUUACGCUUCAUUUAGGCAAGACGUUCGAUAUAACUUACGUUAGAGUGCUGUUCGAAUCACCGCGUCCGGAAAGUUGGGGCAUCUACAAGAGGAAAAAUGAGAAAUCACCAUGGGAACCUUAUCAAUUCUAUUCCGCGACUUGUAGAGAUACUUAUGAUUUACCGGAUUCGAAAGAAACGGUACAAGGUGACGAUACCAGAGUGCUAUGUACUUCGGACUAUUCGGACAUAUCGCCUUUGACAAAGGGCACCGUCGCAUUCUCUACUCUGGAAGGUAGACCCUCGGCGUACUACUUUGAAACAAAUCCAGCUCUGCAGGAAUGGGUACAAGCAACAGGUUUAAGGAUCACACUGGACAGAUUAAAUACAUUCGGCGAUGAAGUUUUUGGCGAUGACCAUGUAUUAAAAUCCUACUACUAUGCGAUCGCAGACGUCGCCGUUGGAGCACGUUGUGCCUGCAAUGGCCAUGCUGGUGAAUGUGUAAAUAGUACCAGCGUAGAUGGAAGAACUCGCAGAGUAUGCAGAUGCGAGCACAACACCGCGGGUCCAGACUGCAACGAGUGUUUACCUUUUUACAAUGAUGCACCUUGGGGGCGAGCUACCACCACUGAUGCACACGAAUGCAAACCUUGUAACUGCAAUGGUUACUCGGAGAGAUGCUAUUUCGAUAAGGAACUGUAUAAGGCGACGGGGCACGGUGGUCACUGCCUGGAUUGCAAAGCUAAUCGCGACGGCGCGAAUUGUGAACGUUGCCGAGAGAACUACUACCAGCGUCCGCAAGACAAUUAUUGUGUCGCUUGUAACUGCAACGAAAUUGGUUCUAGGAACUUGCAGUGUAAUAGUGAAGGCAAAUGUCAAUGCAAGCCUGGCGUAACAGGUGACAAAUGUGAUCGUUGCGCGGCAAAUUAUUAUAAUUUUGGCUCGUACGGUUGCACUUCUUGCGAGUGUAACGUAGCUGGUUCCUUGGAAAAUACGCCAAACUGUGACCCAGUCAGUGGAGUUUGUACCUGUAAAGAAAAUGUUGAAGGAAAACGAUGUCGAGUGUGUAAGCCAGGAUUUUUCAAUCUGGCAACCCAAAACGAAUUCGGCUGUACACCGUGUUUCUGUUACGGCCACUCGUCGGUAUGCCGACCAGCAACUGGAUAUUCAAAAAUUGUAAUUGAGAGUAUGUUCGUGAGAGGAGCUGAACGGUGGACAGCUACCGUGGCUGGUAAUCCGAUACCUCUUCAUUACGAUCCUCAUACUCAAACGAUAUCUGCCACAGCACUGGAUCGUGACAAUGUAUACUUCGUUGCACCUGAUAGAUUUCUUGGUGACCAACGAGCAUCUUACAAUCAAGACUUAUCUUUUACGCUGAGAAUUGGUGAAGCUGGUCCUACGCCUACAGCUCGUGACGUAAUUCUUGAAGGAGGAAAUGGAGAACAAAUUACACAACCGAUUUUCGGGCAACAAAAUCGUAUACCUACUGUGACUCCACAAGAAUAUCGCUUUAAAUUACACGAACAUCCAAGUUAUGGCUGGGAACCACGGUUAUCUUCCCGUGCAUUUAUGUCCAUUUUAUCAAACCUGACAGCUAUUAAAAUUCGCGGAACCUAUACGCAUCAAGGUAGAGGGUUCUUAGACGACGUUAAACUAGAGACAGCUCAUCGUGGAGCUGCUGGUGAACCAGCUGAUUGGGUAGAACAUUGUCAGUGUCCCCAUGGGUACGUAGGUCAAUUCUGCGAAUCGUGUGCACCUGGGUUUCAUCAUGAUCCACCGAACGGAGGUCCAUUCGCUCUUUGUGUUCCUUGUAAUUGCAAUGGUCAUGCAGACAUUUGCGAAGCUGAAACUGGACAGUGUAUUUGUCAGCAUAAUACAGCUGGUAGUAAUUGCGAAUUGUGUAAGCGUGGAUACUAUGGUCACCCAUUAAAGGGUACACCCGAUGACUGUAAACCGUGUCCCUGCCCAGAUAAUGGACCUUGUAUAUUACUUGGAAACAAUCCAGAUCCUAUUUGUUCUGAAUGCCCAUCGGGUAGAACAGGACCCAGAUGUGAAACAUGUUCAGAUGGAUAUUUCGGAAAUCCUGAAAAGGGUAUCGCUUGCAAAUCGUGCGACUGUAAUAACAAUAUUGAUCUAAAUGCUGUUCGAAAUUGUAAUCAUGAGACUGGAGAAUGUUUAAAAUGUGUGAACAAUACAGCAGGUUUUCAUUGCGAAGAGUGUCUUCCAGGAUAUUAUGGAGACGCUCUGUCUGAACUUAAAGAAGACGGAUGUAAGCUGUGUCAGUGUUAUCCGCCAGGUACAGUUGAACUUGACGAUGGUAGAGUAGCACCUUGUGAACAAUUGACAGGACACUGUACAUGCAAGCCCCAUGUAAUCGGUCGAAAUUGUGACAAAUGUGAAGAGGGGUAUUAUCACAUAUUAAGCGGAGAGGGAUGCGCACCCUGCAAUUGUGAUUCUGAAGGAUCUUACAAUCGUACUUGCAAUCCUGUUACCGGCCAGUGUGAAUGUAGACCUGGUGUUACCGGUCAACAUUGCGACGCAUGUGUUCCUUACCAAUACGGAUUCGGUCGAGAAGGUUGCAAACCUUGUGACUGUGAUAGUAUUGGUUCACAGGACUUGCAGUGUGACGCCAGCGGACAGUGUCCGUGCCUCCAAAAUGUGGAAGGAAGACGAUGCGAUCGUUGCAAAGAAAACAAGCAUAACAGACAAAAUGGAUGCGUAGAUUGUCCUGAUUGUUAUAAUCUUGUCCAAUCAGCGGCUAAUAGUCACAGAGAACGUUUGGCUGAAUUAGAGAACACGUUAAAGAAAAUUAAUAGCAGUCCAACGGUUAUUAAAGAUUCGGACUUUGAGAAAGAAUUAAAGAAUGUUCAGGACAGAGUGAAGAAUGUCUUGCACACCGCUAAACAAGGAUCUGGUAAUGAAAACAAGACACUGGUGGAACAACUUGAUGAAUUGCGCGAUCAGUUAAAUGAGAUUGGUGAGAUCUCGCUAACUGUUAACCUUACUGCUGCUGAUGCAUAUAAAACUGCCUCUGAAGGAUUGAUGAGCAUUGAUGAAGCAGAAAAAGUGCUUGACAAAAUACAUGGUCAAUUAACUGAUGCGGAGGAUUAUUUAGCCACCAGUGGGGCCACUGCAUUAGCAGAAGCAAAAUCGCGUGCGGAACAAGUCGGUCAACAGAAUAAACAAAUGACUACAAUUGCACAAGAAGCGCGUGUAUUAGCUGACUUUAACGUCAACGAAGCCAAGAAGAUUCAUACACUAGCGGAGCAAGCUCGAAAUACAACAAUUGAAGCUUAUAGCCUUGCAAAGAAAGCUAUAGCAAAAUAUUCUAAUAUGACAGACGAUAUUAGAGGACUGGAAAAUAAAUUAGAAUUACUGGAGCACCGUAUGAACGAGGUGAAAAAUCUUACCAGCAUAGCAGCUAAUAAAUCGUCCGCUGUUUCGCAAGAAGCAAUAGAUUUAUUGAUUCUCGAUUUGGCUCUUCCACCUGUUGACAUUGAUCGGUUACAAAGUCAAGUUGAAGAAGUGAAUAACGAGGGAUUACGGUUGAAAGAACAAGCGCAACUGUUGUUAGAUCAAAAUGAGCAUCUUAUAAAUGAAAUGACAGAGAAAGUAAGAAAAAGUGAAGAGCUUAUAGAACGAGCACAAGAUCAACAGGCAGCCACUGCUGAACUUGUUGCUGAAUUAGAUGGAGCUAAUGAGAAAGCAAACGAUGCUGUAAAACGUGGCGAUCAAACUUUAAAAGAAGCUCAAGAAACAUUGAAGAAACUGGGAGAAUUUCAUGCCGAGGUUGAACGUGAACGUAUUAAAGCUCAAGAUGCUUUGAAGGAUAUAGGAGACAUUGAAGAUUUAAUUAUAAACGCAAUCAAUCAAGCUGCGCAAGCUAAUGAAAUAUUAACUGGUUCGGAAGAUAAUGCUAAGCUUGCUCGUGAAAGAGCACAAAAUGCUCAGUCAUACGCAGAAGAAGCUAGCGCAAAGGCAAAUGCUAUCAGAAUUGAAGCAAAUAAAACUAAAAUAGAAGCGCUUCGGGUAGGAAACGAAGCUGAGAAAUUACAUUCACGAGUCGACACCACUGAUUCCAUGAUGAAAGGAUAUGAAAUUCAAAUUAGUCAAGAUACAAAUAUUACUACAGAAGCGAAUCAUAAAGUUGGUCAAGCUAAGAUUAAUGUAAGUUUAGCAUCCCAACAAGUUGAUAAAGCUUUAGCUGAAGUGGCUGAAAUAAUGAAUGAGCUUGAAAAUGUACCAGAAAUAGAUGAUGCUGACUUAAAUCGCCUGGAAGAGCGUUUAGUUGCAGCUGAAAAAGAAAUCGCGGCUGCAAACUUAGAUCAAAGAAUUCGAGCAUUAACAGAUGCAAAGAAUUUGCAAACGCAAUGGGUAAAAAAUUACGAGGAUGAGGUCAGUAGACUAAGAAUGGAAGUUGAAAAUAUUGGUGAUAUAAGAAAAGUUUUGCCUGUCGACUGCCAUAAACGUGUACGAUUGGAACCAUAAAUACUGAAAUCGUUAUCUGCCAAUACUUAAACGUACGAGCGUUCCAUUUUUUUUUUUCAUAUCACUAGAGGUGCCUUACAUACAAUGAAGGGAUGAAAACCAAGAAAAAUGUUAAAAGGUAUAUAAGUACAUAUCUUUACUAUUAAUAACUAGAGAAUCAAUCGUAUUUCCUUCUAAAAGCAGAAUAUAUAUAUAUUGCACAUUAUAGCUGUAUGUUUAACAAUGGUAAAAAAUACUUUUAAUUAAAUCAUAUAAUUAUGAUAGAAUUGAGAAUAGGAUAUAAAAUAACAAAUCAUUCAGUAGAUAAAAUAUUAAUUUCAUGUGUUUACAUAUACAAAUGACUGCAAUAAUGAACACAAUACCAAAGAUUUAAUAUAGUAGACAUAUUUUCCUUUUUGUUAUCAUUACUAGACCAUUUACAUUAAUCAAUUCGUCUAACAUUUUUAUAAUACAGCUUAUUUGUACGUGUGUACAAACAUGUAUAUAGUAUCUAUAUACAAUUAUUUUAUAAUUUUUAUGUCUUUUAAGUACUUUUCUAAGUUCUAAGAAAGCUUCGAAAGUUCCUCCGAGAAAAAGGCAAGUGUUUUAAUCCCCAAUGUACAAAAUCGACUAUAAUACAUUAUUGUGACUUAUUUAUGCGUUUGUACAAGCUGAACAGUGAACAACUACUUUCAUAUUGUAUAAAUAUUAAAAGUUGAAGGAAACAUUUGUAUAAUCAAAAGGAGAACAGCAGAAGCCUAAAUAUAUUUUACAACAUGUAUCAUGAUGAA